AUGUCCGACCGUCAGGACUUGGAAGAUCUAGUUGCGCCGGUUGCUGCUAAUGGUGGAGAUCAGGAAGUGCAGAACGCCGUGUCCCAAGAUGGCACUGAUGUCGGACCUGGCAACAAGCGCAAGGAGGCUCCGACCACCGGAGAUGCUCCUUCCAAGAAACAGCAGAAGGUGAUCGAGAACCGAGCCGUGUAUGCCACUAAUAUCCCUCGCGAUGCUACCAUUGAGGAGAUCGAGGAUACCUUCAAGAAGGCCGGCAUCAUUGAGCAAGGUGUCGAUGGCAAGCCCCGCAUCAAGAUAUACGCUGAUGAGGACGGCGACUUCAAUGGCGAUGUCCUCGUUGUGUACUUCAAGAAGGAGUCCAUCCAGCAGGCCAUUCUGAGGAUUGACGGUUGGGAGUUCCGUCCCGGCCAAACCUCCGAGGGCGUCGUGAAGGUCCAAGAGGCCGACAUGUCUUACAAGAAGAUCACUGACGGCGAGGUUGUUAAGAACAAGCUUGUUCGCAAGGAUCGCAAGGCUGCUGAGCGCAAUCGCGCCGAGAUGAACCGCAAACUUGCUGAGUGGUCCGACGAUGACGAGGAGGAGGUGCAGAAGACCUUCGCUCCAAAGAAGAAUAAAUGGGCGAAGUUUGUGAUCAUCAAGAAGGCCUUCACCCUCGAACAGAUCAAUGAUGAGGAGGAUACGGGCGCCGUGCUGGAGAUCAAGGAGGAUAUGCGCGAGGCGGCUGGUCAGUUUGGUGAGGUCACGAAGGUGGUCCUCUAUGACAAAGAACCAGAGGGCGUCUUGACUGUUCGGUUCAAGGAGUUCGAAGAGGCCGAGGCUUUCGUCAACGCCUUCAACGGCAAGGGAUACAAUAACGAGAAGCUUCAGCUUGCCGUCGCUGAUGACCGCCCGAGGUUCCAGAAGACCGGCAGGGAGGAUACUUCAGAUGUCGAGGACAACGUGCGCCGAAUGGAGGCGUACAUGGAUGGCGACAAGACCGAUGAGGACGAUGAGGACGAUAAGUAG